GAUGUAACCACACCCUUGACUAAAUUAUAGAGUGCCUACAAAUAGUAGCCCACAAACGUACACUUCAAUCACUAUCAACCUCAUUAAUAUUCAACCAUGCAGUACUCUUCCAACAUGCCACAACCGGAAUAUGCCACCGGCGUUCCAGCUCACCCCAUCAUCACCCCCGGCCAAUGGUCCACCGGCCUUUGUGAUUGCGGAAAAGAUGUCCCUAACUGUUGCUUAACGUGUUGGUGUCCGUGUAUUUCUUUCGGACGAAUCGCAGAAGUUGUUGACAAGGGAACUACAUCUUGUGGUGUUAGCGGGGCUCUUUAUUCGAUACUUUGCCUAUUUACUGGAUGUGAAUGCUAUCGUGAGCUCAAGUAUCGUGGAUUUGAACCAUCUCUUGGAUGGCAAGGAAAUCUAGCAAGUCAUAAUCAAGGAAUCGUGAUGCCACCGAUUGGUCCUGGAGAAAUGAAACGUUAACUUUUUGCUUUUAUUUUUGAAAAUCAUAGAAACUAUGAUCAUGGGAUGUGACAAGAUUUAAAAUCUCAUGUGCAUUUACUUUUAUGUACAGUCGAUUUGUAUUAUUUGUGAUGUCAAUAAAAAUAUAUUAAUGCAAAGAACAAAUUAACCGCA